AUGUCGCAACCAAGUCUCUUGGAAAGGAGCGAGGCACUCCCAGUUUUCGAACAAGCAGCACCGAAACCACAAACAUCAGAUUCAGAAGCACCAGAAGCGCUUCCGCAGCUCUACGACCCCAGCCUCCCAACCGAUCUCAGUCACCUCCGCCAGAAACAAGUGCCGGCGCUUGACCUCAGUCAACAUCCCAACUUUUACCAAAUCCCUCGACCCCCUUCCUCCCUAUUUGAAUCAUUAAUAAUAUCCAACGGCAACAACAAUCAUGCCAGCUCCAGCCACGGAGCCCCGGCCCCGGACCCAUACAAGGUUCUCCUCGUGAUCCCGACCGCGAACGAGUCCAAGACCGAGCUGCUGUGGUCCCGCCUCUCGUCCACCAAGCCGGCACACGUCCAGCUCAGCUACUGCCAGGUCAAGGCCGAGUCGGGGGUCGGCGAGCAGCCGUACGACGAGGCGGGCCCGCGCGGCGCCUUCAACCGCGCCGUGAACGCGGUCGCCGCGCUGCUGGGCGACGAGGAGCGCCGGGCGGCGCUGGUGGAGGACCGGGGAGUGGGCACGCUCAUCGUGGGCGCGAUCGAGAACUUCGUCCUCCGCCACGGGAUCCAGCCGGAGCCCGGCCGGAGCUGCGGCCCCGUCGACCACGGAUUCGUCGUGCUCUGCCGCGUGUCGCUCCUCGACAUGACGUGGGACUGGGUGGUGGGCGUCAGCCGGGGCGUGACGGUGCCCUGGGAAUACUACUCGGCCGCCCAGAAGCAGGGCUUCGAGGAUGAGGGUGAGGGCGAGGGCGAGGGCGAGACGAAGACGUGCGGCAAGGUCACGGUUGGCAAGCUGCUCUUGGCAAACGCCGGAGUGGAUGACGCCAACUGGUACCAGGCGUUGGCCGGCGUGUCGAGAUAUGACUUGCUGGGGGAAGCUUUGAAAUCGAUGGAUGUGCCUUGGCCCGCCGUUACCCCUUCUGGUGCCUAA